AUGCAGAUGCUGCGGCAACUGGACGUGCACCCGAAGGUGCGCGAGGAGGCAGAUAUCCUCGUGAGGACUUUCAGCGGUGCUAUUGUUACAAUCAUUAGUACAAUCAUCAUGGGCAUCCUGUUUUUGUCAGAGGUAAACUAUUAUCUUACACCAACUAUGAGCGAGGAAUUAUUUGUAGAUACAUCCAGGGGUUCUAAACUGAGAAUCAACUUGGAUAUAAUAAUCCCCGCUAUAUCUUGUGAUCUUUUAUCGUUAGACGCCAUGGAUACAACGGGCGAACAGCAUUUGCACAUAGAGCACAAUAUUUUUAAGAGACGGUUAGACCUGAACGGUAAACCCAUAGAAGAUCCACAAAGGACAAAUAUUACAGAUGCAAAGGCCAUCAGUAAAACUACAGAGAAGGCAGUGGAGAUCGGUUCUACUACAGAGCUCUGUGGAGACUGCUAUGGAGCAGCCACAGACACUAUGAAAUGUUGCAAUACCUGCGAGGAUGUAUGGGAGGCCUAUAGACGAAAAAAGUGGGCUCCACCGGAUCCGGCUGAGGUUAAACAGUGUCAGAAUGAUAAAUCCAUGGAUAAACUCAAGCAUGCCUUCACGCAAGGCUGUCAAAUCUACGGUUAUAUGGAAGUGAAUAGAGUCGGUGGUAGUUUUCACAUUGCGCCAGGCGCCAGUUUCUCAGUCAAUCACGUUCAUGUGCACGACGUUCAGCCUUACACUUCAUCCCAUUUCAAUAUGACGCACAAGAUUAGACAUUUAAGUUUUGGGCUUAACAUCCCAGGGAAAACAAAUCCUAUGGAUGGCAUGACGGUGGUCGACAUGGAUGCCGCUAUGAUGUUUUAUCAUUACAUCAAGAUUGUCCCGACAACGUACGUCCGCGCGGAUGGCUCAACCCUCCUCACAAAUCAGUUUUCCGUAACGCGACACUCGAAAAAGAUAUCCCUGCUUACUGGCGAAUCUGGGAUGCCGGGUGUAUUCUUCAACUACGAGUUGAGCCCGCUCAUGGUAAAGUAUACGGAGAAGGCGAACUCAUUCGGGCACUUCGCGACGAACACUUGCGCGAUCAUUGGCGGUGUGUUCACUGUGGCCGGUCUAAUCGAUUCGCUGCUCUAUCAUUCGGUGCGUGCGAUACAAAGGAAGAUAGAGUUAGGGAAGUACAAUUAAACACUUUGGGUCCGAAUGCAGCAGCAUUGAUUAUCCUGUUCCGAUCCUAAUUUUGUUCUUCUUUCAUCAAUAUAAUCGUGUUCAAAUAAUUUCGGAAUGUGAGCAUCGUCUCCAAAUAAGUGAGAUUAGUCGCUGAAAAUGGAUUGGAAUUAGUAUUAAUCGUUGAUGCGACACGGCCUUAGACGGAUAAUCAGAU